AUGUCCGACACUUCAUCCCCACGCAUCAGUUUUGCGGAGUCUGCAUCUGCAGUCGCUCUAAGCAACUAUCAGAGUGCCUUCACAUCUCUAAACAACUCUCAUCAUUCUGUUCCGCUUCCGCUUGACAAUUCCGUAUACUACGUCAAAGUGGUCAUCCACAAAGCAAAGAGUAGCUUCGUUCUCUCAUAUCUUGCCAUUCUCGCCUCGAGCACCGGCGAAGACGUAUUUCUAGCACUUCGACAGCUCUAUGAGAGGGAAAACAAGAGCUGCAGAGUCAUGCGUGGUAUACGAAGAUUCUUUUGGAAUACCGUUGUUGAAACCGCAACCAUCUCGAAUUUAUCCCCCUCUUUCCUCGAAUCUCAAAACCUAUCUGUCGAAGUCCUCAUCGACACCCGCGUCAACUCUGCAGAAUUCACGGCGGCUUACCAAAAUCCAUCCAGUCUGCACGCUUCCGGACCGUUUGUGCUCGAUCGGCCAACCCUUAUCACAUCGUCGCCAUCUCGCGAAGUGCUUUUGUUGGCUACAAAGUUGAAUAAGCGGUCUGUUGCGUUUGGCAUUGGAGCUGCGGCUGGUAUGUCCGUCUGUGUGGGGAUUGUCGCUGGUUUAGUCUGGAAUUCGGGAGAAUUGGGGGUACAAACCGCGACUGGAUUGCUGACGGGGAUUUCGGUUUUUGGUGGGUUGUUGCUUUGGAUUUCGAAGUGA